AUGCACGAUAGAAGAAACGCCAUGGGCUCUUUCCGGAUCAACACCGACCCAUUUCAAAAUCAAAAGCUUACGGCUUUCUCCAGUCCCUAUUUCUAUCAACUGCGGAGCCUCCAUCAUGAUUCCUAUACUACGCAAUUUACUCAUCAACACAGAUGUCUUCCUUCCUCGCCACUAAAGACCCAUCAAUCCCGACGCCUGAUAAGGGCCGCUACCGUCAUGUCGACAACUCUUCCGGCGGGGGUGAAACGUUUCGGCGUGCCGUUUCUCCUGAAAGAUGUCGUUAUAGUUUCAGACGCUGCUCUUAUCCGCAAGAUCGCGAGCAACCCGGAUAUCACAAGGUCAGGAGGUGCGGAGCUUCCUUGGAUCUUCCAGAAAAUCUUUCUCGCGACCCAGUUUUAUUACCCAAAAGAAGACCGAUGGCAUAUUGCCUCGCUGGCGGAUGAGCAAGAUAACCGGCCGAAUCGCAGGCAUGAUGUGGAAGAGUAUCUCAAACAAGGAUUCAAUGAAGAUCAGAUUUCGCGACUGGUUGAAUUGGUGGAAGGUGACGGAAACGUGGAGUACGUUCGAAAAGAGGCAGUCAAGGUUGUAGCUGAAAUCAUUGGCGGGGUGCGACCGGGGCAGAAGCUUCCACAGGAAAUCGCCGACGCGGCAGCGCAGAUAAUGUUUUUCCUGCCCAUAGGUGUCGGCCCCGGCGGGUACUUGCGCGGGCGUGCCGCACGAGAAAAGCUCGAAAACUACUGUGUUGACUUGCUGCCAGAUGGUUCAGAGAUUGUAGACUACGUUCACAACCUGGCUACUCCGACGGCGUUCGGGGACGCGUUGAUGGCCCUUCGAAACACGACUUCCCCGAAUCCAAAGAGUUAUUUCUUGAACAAUCCCUUGCUUCCCAUCUUGUACAGGUUUCCGAAGAAAACUACCACCGUAGGAGGUCUCUUCCCACAAGAUGGUGCUUUGAAGCCUGGAAGUGUCAUCAUUCUAGACCUCGCCUCGGCCGCCAAAGCGACGCAAGACGAAAAGUUCCUUUUCGGCACUGGCCUUGAGACGCGGCAAUGCCCUUUUAAAGGCGUGUUCUUUGACACUGUAGAUAAGAUCCAAAGUAGGAGAUUGAAGUAGCAUACGCCCCCACCAGUGCUCCUAGACAUCUUUGACCAUGGGUGAGCGUACUGUAGCAAUGCACGAAUUAAUCGAGGGGAUUUUUGUUACGUACCACUCUUAUUUUGGAA